GUGAAAACCUACACUUUCAAUCAGUUUUAACUUACUAAGUGAGAUUUAGCAAACUAGGGAUUCUUCGAAGCCUAAAACGCAGAAGGAUACCAGUUAUUGAAUUUACAGGUGUUUGAAAUAUCUGGUCAUGUUGAAUAAAGUGACUGUGCUGGACUUGGGAACAUACACGAGUGAAGUGCGGCGUUUUUAACUUCCUGAAGGGGGGUCGUUGCGGAGCUCUGGCAACCCAGUGCAAGGCUUUCAGCUGCAUCACGCAGGUCUGGUCAUACAAACUCCGGCGUGUUAUACCUACAAAUCAGUAAUCAGGGAUUGUAACCAGUCAUGGCCGAUGAGGGAUAUGUUGUUCGCAUCAGGGGUCUCCCGUGGUCCUGUUCAGCAGAUGAAGUACAGAGGUUUUUCUCAGAUUGCAAAAUUGUCAACAAUGGAAGUGGCAUCCACUUCACCUACACAAGAGAAGGGCGUCCCAGCGGAGAAGCAUUUGUCGAGUUGGAGACGGAGGAAGACCUAAAGAUUGCAGUGAAGAAGGACAGAGAAACAAUGGGUCACAGAUAUGUAGAGGUUUUUAAGUCCAACAAUGUCGAAAUGGACUGGGUCAUGAAGCACACUGGUCCAAACUGCCCGGAAACAGCAGGAGAUGGACUCGUCCGGCUACGAGGCCUUCCUUUUGGCUGCAGCAAGGAGGAGAUAGUACAGUUUUUCUCAGGGUUGGAAAUCGUGCCAAAUGGGAUAACAUUGCCGGUGGACAUCCAGGGGAGGAGUACGGGGGAGGCCUUCGUGCAGUUUGCUUCACAGGAUAUAGCUGAAAAGGCUCUAAAGAAACACAAGGAAAGAAUAGGGCACAGGUACAUUGAGAUCUUCAAGAGUAGCCGCGCUGAAGUGCGGACCCAUUACGAACCACAGCGGAAGCCCAUGGGCAUGCAGAGACCUGGCCCCUAUGACCGGCCCUCGGGUGGUCGUGGCUACAACAUGAUGGGUCGAGGCGGAUCUUAUGACAGAAUGCGUCGCGGAGGCUACGGAGGAAGUGUAUCAGAUGGACGGUAUGGAGAUGGCGGCUCUUCCUUCCAGAGUACAACAGGCCACUGUGUCCACAUGAGGGGCCUGCCAUACAGAGCCACAGAGACAGACAUAUACAAUUUCUUCUCACCAUUGAAUCCAGUGCGGGUCCACAUUGAGAUCGGCCCAGAUGGCAGGGUAACCGGGGAGGCAGAUGUAGAGUUUGCAACACACGAGGAUGCCGUGGCAGCCAUGUCUAAAGAUAAAGCCAACAUGCAGCACCGCUAUGUGGAGCUGUUUUUGAACUCAACAGCAGGUGGUAGUAACGGAGCCUACGGCGGUCAGAUGAUGGGUGGCAUGGGGAACCAAUCGUCUUACAGCGGUGGACAGCUGAGCUCGGGGUACUCGGGUGGAUACAGCAGCCAGGGCAACAUGGGAGGCUACAGUGACUAUAUUAGGUAACCAGGGCGGCAUGGGAAGCAGUUACUACGGCGGCGGUGGAGGAGGAGGAAGCAGAGGCUCUAUGAAUGGACUGGGUGGGGGAUGGGGAAUGUAGAUUUCGUUUUUCCCUUAAUUUGAUGUUUUUUUAACGCAGCAUUUUGCUGGAAGGACUGGAAACAUGAGUCUCACCUAGUAAACAUAGGGUAGGGUCAGGUGAGGUCAUUUUGAAAAUACUGAGGGGUAGGGUUUCUAUUUUGUUUUUUUUAAAGUGAAUGAUCUUCAGAGAGAAGUGAGAUCUGGCGUCACAAGAAGUGCCAGAAGUGCUGUUCGUCAUCCCCAUUCCUCACCUGUUUGACACGUCACAGAAACCGUGCUUUAAAUUUUCAUUACCAGGACGUGUGUUGAUUUUCUGUUAUUGUUCUCCAAGCACCUGACGGCUCCUCAAACUUAACUCAUCCUGUGCUGGUGGUUAUAACAUUCAUUUCAAUGUCUGAGUGCAUGAACAAAAGAAUCAGAAAAUGUCUACCUUCUGAUGUUUAGACUUGUUUCAUCUUUUACAUAGUGUCUAGCCUUUUUAUUUCCUGUUUAAAUGUUGAUCUAAAUUUGAGAUUUCCCAUGGUCAGAGCAUGUUUUGUUUUCUUAAGAUGUCACAAGGCGGUUUCUCUGGUUGAAUUUCAAAUCUGCUGACAUGAAGGUUUCUACUGCUUCAAAUGCUAUUUGUAUUUCCUGUGCACAAAGUGAAUAAACAGUCUGGAAUAUCUAA